AAACAAUAUCAUGAUAUUGCUCUCAUACAAACAUGAUACGUAACACUUUUUACAUGCACAAAAUUGGCACAGUAAGUAACCUACACAAUGGUGCAAACAUGUGACAUGAAUACGAGAGCACAACCCGAAUACUACUUUUUGGGACCUUGUAACCAUUGAGGCUCUUCAUACUUGCUCCCCCCCUUCCCCCCCCAAAAAAAUUAAAGGUCAAAUUACAAAUAAGAAAGCACAACCCGAAGAAUAGUGACAGGCUAACGAGGUGGGAGCAUAUCAUUGCUCCAACUUAUUUAAUGCUAAAAUCGAAGAAAACUAUGUAAAAGAGCAUACGAUUAAAUUAAUAAAUUAUCAUUUGCUACACGCAGAACAAUGAUUUACGAUUACUCAUGUGGGCUCAUUAAGUUCCCAACACUUAAAGAUUGUUUUCACUUGUUUAUUGCUCUCAUAAUCUCAAUAUAUACAUUUAAGGAACAUAAAAGAAAUCUUCCUUAUGAGGAAACAUAAUAAAACCUUCCGUUUACUUCGCACAAUUGUGAUCAUUAUAUGGUUACAAUAUUGUAGUGUUUUGAGGAAAAUAUGUACUCAUCAUUUGACAUAUAUGUUAUAUUUUAGAUUGUUAUAUAACAUAAAUUGUAAAUAAAAUAAAUUGUAUAUAAAAUAAAUUUUUUAUAUAUAGUAUAAAUUUAUUAUACUUAACAUAUAUUUGCCAUAUAUAAAAUGUUAAGAGUUGUAAUGCAAAAAAUAUCAAUGUAUAGCUCUCGAUCUAUUGCAGUUCCAAAUGUAGGUCCAACAGGUAGUUGUCCUCCGUCACGUUAAUCACGUACCACACCUUGCUGGUACCCACUUUUGCCUUCUUAGUCACCUGACCCUCGAGCAAUCUGGCGUUGGUCUAAAGAUGCAUCGGCUCACCUACUGUGCUGGUGUACUCAUACAAAGCAAUGUACCGUGACCUCACCAUAGUGGAUAACUUCUAGGGUACAUGAUAAGAUUCUCGUGAAUCGAUGACGAGUCGGGUUCUGGUUCUCCUCUAUGAAUGAUGAACUUCAUCACCAUUGUCAUUUGCAUCAUUCACGGGAUCCCCCAAUGGUAAGGAUACAGUGCGUCAUUUACUAGAAUGAUUCAGUCCUCGUUUGAGGUUGAGAAGUCAACCACGGAGUCGAUAAUCUCUAACAGAGUCAAUAAGGUGUGGAUUGCCACCACACGCUUCUCGAAAUAAGUUGAGUCAACUGCCAUGGGUUAAUCUGAGCCCGUUCUUGAAGAACAGCUUGAAGAAUCUAGUGUUGCUGGCAUUGAUGAUCGUUAAGCGGUAUUUCCAACGUCAUACCAACAUAUGUGGGCACACCUUUCCGUUGACAAUGAUCAUCUUGUCGAAAUACUCUGGCUAUCACUAUGGGUGAAUUUUGGUGUUGUUCCCAGUGGAGUUCAUGUAAAUGGAACCAUUGGUGAGGAAGCUCUGAUUGAAUAUAACCAGUCGCCGAUGGAGCUCAUUGUCGGAGACUGUGCUCAAUUUCUGGGUCCAAAUUUAGCCUCCGACAAAUUCGUCUAGUAUGUUUAUGUGUGCCAACCCUAUGGUGUGGUCGUUGUACCAAAGGCUCCCUGAAUGUUCAACAAGUGGGUGUUGAACAUUUUUUCGAAGAUUACAAAAUUAUUUUGUUCCAUAUUUGAACCACCACACUAAACAGAUCUCCUACUAAGAUUGAAAAUGUUCAUAUUCUUUUCUUGGAUUUGAUGUUUGAUUGAUCUUCCCAUUUGUUCUUGGUGAUACAUAUGGACUCGUAACGUUAAGCUCUAUAAAUGUACAUGUAUGUUGUGAUGGUAAUGUAUCACUAUCAACACAUCAUGACAUUUUCAACUUCGCUCUACUCCACACAAAUUAUGGUCAUUAUGUGGAUAUACCAUAGUGCUUGCAUUCCGAGGGAAAAUGAUAUAAUCCUCCAAUAAUAUAUAGUAGAGUUUGGUGUACUUUUUUCCAUUUUAAAUUUCCUGCAACGAGAGUUAAAGUAGGAUGGACAUUUUAGUCUUUACAAUUCUUUAUUAAUUCAUAUAAAAAGAUAUUGAUAACGGGAUUUGAACCAGGAUCUCUUCAAACAAAAACAACGAGUAUAAUCAAUUACCCUAAACAAAUUUGGUGUAGUUUUUUUUAAUACAAACCAUAGACGAAGUUAAACUCUGAAGACUAGAUGACUCUUCCAUCAUGAUUAGCUAGCCCACUAAGUCUCCUGUAAGUAUAUUUAUAGUGCUUGAUACAUUGAUUUUCACAGUAGAGUUUCAUGUAAUUUUCUCCAUUUUAAAAUUUCUACUCUCUUCUUAAUUUUUGCUAAGGGUCAAUUGGUAAUUGGCCAACAUGGAAGAAACUAUUUCUUUUCAUAUUUGUUGUGUCCUUGCAUUUUUCUUAGUUUAAAAUAUUUGUUUGCUUUUUUUUUCUCUUUGCUUUUAUCCCUUCCUAAGAUCCUUUGAAAUUCCCUCCAUAGUGCAAUAGUUUGCUCCCUUUCACUUCCCACUACAAAGUCGCCUAUGAAAAUCAAUCUUCUAGUAUCUCUUAGAAAGUUUGGUUAUUGGGGAUUGAAGCUUGGAGUAGAAGAUUUCAACUCUGAUAUAAGCCCAUGGCUAAUAGAAUAGAGUUCAAUCAAGUUUAGGGUCUCGCCUAUAUCACUCAAUCCCUCCGCACCAGCAUCGCCCGAUGGUUUUAUAUCUCUCAUAUAUUGAUGAACUACUAGAAGACCUAUUUUGUUGCUUCUAUUGCUGAAGAUGAUGUUUGAUCAAUUAUAUCUUCCUCCAUUACUCCUCUUCCUAUACCGGACUUUGAACUUCAAUAGGUUUUGGUCUUCGUCCACGGUUAAUCGCUUCACAUAUGUAAGUCAUUCAUUUCUUCUCUUUGACUCAUAGUUCUAUCUUUCUGAUUAAUAACAAAACGACUUUUAUUUUCAGGUUAUCCCAUGAGCAGAAUAUGCAGAAGAUCUAUUUCUUUUGAUCCUAUAGCCUAAUACGAUGUUUGAAGCCCGGUGGAUCCCUUACGUCGUUGCUCUUCUUUAUGCUCUUAGGUUUCAACUUCAAUGAGUUUUCUAUCUUCAUAAAAGGUUCAUUGAGUUGAACUCCUAGCCUAUUAUGGCCUCCUCAAUUUAUCUAAGUUGUUUGUAAUUUAUUUAUAAAAUAUAGGAUGACCGGUGGUUUGAGUGCUUGAUUUGUUUGAAAUCAAAUAGAUGUUUCUAUAGAACAUGAGCAAUUGUACUUUCCUAGCGCCCUAUAUACUUUCUUGGUUGUUUGUUUGCUGUAUUUUUUGUUUGUUCUUUGAUUAGCUAUUGAAUUAACAAAAUAAGAUCACCAUUUUAAA